GAACUCCAACACACAAUCUCUCUAUCUCUCUGUCUCUCUCUCUCCAAUGGCUCAGCAGAGGCUUCAAACUCCGCUGUUGGGAUAUCCCGAGCAGGUCAAUAAGAAGGGUCGGAGCAGAGCGAUAAGGGUUUCGUUUGCGGUCUUAACGAUUAUAGUGGUAGGCCUUGUAGCGGACAGCAGUUUGGGUCGUUGGAGAGUGAGGAAAGAGCCCAAGAAAUUGGAAGCGAGGGGAGAGACUAGUGACGUGGUUGAGUCUGAACAUGGCGUUGUCGCCGCUGACGAUGGCCGUUGUUCUGAAAUCGGGGCUUCAAUCCUCAGAAGUGGGGGCCAUGCAGUUGAUGCUGCAGUGGCAGUGGCAUUGUGUCUUGGUGUUGUCAACCCAGCGUCAAGCGGGAUUGGAGGCGGCGGUUUCAUGGUCGUUUGGUCUGCGUCAACCUCAAAAGCCCUAGCUAUUGACUUUCGAGAGACUGCUCCCUUAGCUGCUUCAAAGAACAUGUACGAAAAGAAUCCUCAAACCAAGUAUAUGGGAGCACUCUCAAUGGGUGUUCCAGGCGAGAUAGCAGGUCUUCAUGAAGCAUGGCUGAAACAUGGACGCCUGGCUUGGAAGUCUCUGUUCCAACCCGCCAUACGGCUAGCCAAAAAUGGGUUCGUGAUCACUUCUUAUUUGAGUGCAGUCAUCAAGAACCGUGAGAAGCUGAUCGUUGCUGACCCAGGAUUACGUCGAGUGUUCGCUCCAAAUGGGAAAUUGUUAGAAGCUGGGGAUACCUGCUACAAUGUGGAACUUGGCCAUAGCUUAGAGGCAGUUGCUGAACAUGGACCGCAUGCAUUCUAUAAUGGAGCCAUUGCCCAGAAUCUUGUAAAGGAUGUGAGAGAGAAUGGUGGAAUUUUGACAAUGGAGGACAUGAGAAAUUACAGAGUGGAAGUGGAGGAUGCAAUGGUCGUAGAUGUCAUGGGAUACAGAAUACUAGGAAUGCCACUUCCUUCAAGCGGGACUCUUGGACUGUCCCUGAUCUUAAACAUUUUAGAUAGCUAUGGCACGUCAGAUGCAGCUAGGGGUCCUCUGGGUCUUCAUCGCCUAAUCGAAUCGCUAAAGCACAUGUUUGCCAUUCGAAUGAACCUUGGCGACCCUGAUUUUGUUGAUGUAACUAAAUAUGUAACUGACAUGCUUUCACCAUCUUAUGCUAAGGAGCUCCAGCAGAAAAUAUUCGACAAUACCACAUUUCCUGCUGAUUACUACAUGUACAGAUACAGCCAACUAAGAGACCAUGGAACUAGCCAUUUCUGUGUCGUAGACGCGGAUAGAAAUACAGUAUCCCUGACAACAACUGUUAACUAUCCCUUCGGAUCGGGAGUUCUUUCACCUUCUACUGGCAUUGUAAUCAACAACGAGAUGGAUGACUUCUCCACGCCCACAGAGACAACUGUCGACAAACUUCCUCCAGACCCUGCUAAUUUCAUAGAACCAAAGAAGAGGCCUCUUUCUUCCAUGACUCCUCUUAUCAUUCUAAAGGACAAUCAGUUAACCGGUGUCAUAGGAGGAAGUGGCGGUAUGAUGAUCAUCCCGGCGGUGGUUCAGGUCUUUAUCAACCAUUUUAUCCUGGGAAUGGAGCCUCUUGCGGCGGUGCAGUACCCAAGGGUCUAUCACAGGGUAAUCCCAAACGUAGUCUUAUACGAGAACUGGACAGUGAUCGACGGCAACCACAUUGAACUGUCACAGGAAAAUAAGAUUUUCUUGGAAGAGAGGGGUCAUGUACUGAAGGCGCAAGCAACUGGUGCUAUCUGCCAGCUUAUUGUGCAGGAUCUCUCCAGGCUACCGGUUAACUCGGGAAGGAAACUGGGAGGAAGGCCGGAUAAUGCGCAGGUCUUCCAUGGAGUCCUCAUCGCUGUGAGUGACCCCAGGAAAGAUGGGAGACCAGCGGCCGUUUGAUCUGCAUAGUGCCAGGUUUUCGUUCCCAAUACGUUUGUCUCAUCGAUUAGAUUGGGCUCUCAUAUCUCAAUCGUGGAAAAAAGAAGAUAUAUCCCUGCAGUUCUAUCACCUGUGUAAUACUGAUGAACUACAUGACUCGCUUAGGUCCGAUUUGUACAUAAUAAUCCUACGGAAGCUAAUUUGAUAUAUUUUUUCUCCU